AUGGAGGCAGUUGGUUCUGUACCGUUGGAGAAUCCUGGGGUCUGGCAGCAGGGAUUUGAGGUGGAUACCGGUGGUGGCAUGAUUCAUGAUGUUCAAGGCUUCAGGGAACCUGAUCGAGUAGAGAAUGCAAUGCGGGACGAUGACUCUAACCAGGAGCCUAUAGAUAUCAUUGGGGACAGCGAUGAUGACACAGGUGCCAAUCCACAUGCACAGCACGGGCCUUCAAGUUCUGGCACGCAGCAGUACCCUCCAUACUUCUCCACUCUAAACUUGGAGGCUCUGGAAUUUCAGAUUGGACAAUCAUUCCAGAAUAAAUAUGAAGCUGUUCUGAGUGUGAAGGACUAUAGCAUCCGUCGAGGUGUUGAGUACAGAGUCUUGAAAUCGGAUCAUCUUAAGUAUCAUGGAAAAUGCAAGGAGUUCGGCAAGGGUUGUAGUUGGUUGAUUCGCAUAUCGCUUCGUGCACGAAAGGGCACUUGGGAGGUUAGGAGGUACAACGGUCCGCACACUUGCUUGGCCACCUCUAUUUCCAGUGAUCACCGUCAGCUUGAUUACCACGUUAUCUGUGCGAGGAUUUUUUCGUUGGUUAUGGCUGAUGUUGCGAUUACGAUAAAGGUCUUGCAACAAGUAAUAGAAGCCGAUUACGGGUUCAGGCCUAGUUACAGGAAGGUUUAG